CGCGGAUGCAGAGCGCGAUCAUGAGACUGCGCGGAGUCUCUCGGCUGCACCUUCCGCCUCGGCUUCGCUUGCCGGCGCCCCGACCCCCGCGUCGCAUCGCGCAUCAACUGUCACACCUGCAUCUCCUACGCUGUGGCAAUAAUCGGCGCUUUGCCCGGCCAUUGCGCAUUCAUCUGGAAGUUCCAAGAAGACCAAGAUCUCCUCUGCGCCUCCGCGCCAUCGCAAUGGCAGCCACGAUGUCGCAAUUCGACCCCGCAUUCUCACCAUCGCAGCUCACGAACAGGAGGCGUCUCAGGAUACGUCGCAGCCACGGCAGCCAUGAGGCUAUAUAAGGCCACUACGGUGCUCAUUGUAGCCUGCAGCUAACGACAGGACAUCCCAGCAACCCACCAGAACGGAACCGCCAUGUCUUCGGUCGAGCAGAACCUGGUCGAAGGGAACGAGGGCUAUGCCUAUCUGUUCAAGCAGGGCGAUCUAGCGCUCCCGCCGAGCCAGAAAUAUGCUGUCGUGACCUGCAUGGACGCCCGCAUCGACCCAGCCGCCGCCUUCCACAUCCCCCUCGGCGCCGCCCACGUUAUUCGCAAUGCCGGCGGCUCUGUCCGCGACGCCUUCCGCUCGCUCGUCAUUUCGCAGCAGCUGCUCGGCACAACCGAGGUGUUGGUGGUCAAGCACACCGGGUGCGGCAUGCUGAUCUUCGACGACGCGGUUGCGAAGGAUCUUGUGAGAAAGAACAAGGGCGAUGCUGCAGCGAGGGAGGUCGAGAAUCUGGAUUUCUUGACGUUUCCAGACGUCGAGGACAAAGUUCGGGAUGAUGUGGCGUGGCUGAAGGGAAAGGCUGUCGAGCAGGGCAUCAGGGUGACCGGGUGGGUGUAUGAUGUGAAGACAGGGAGGGUUAAGAAGGUAGUAUAACAGGCCGGAAUACGAUGUACCCGGAGGUGGUAUGCUUUCUCAAAGGCUCACACUGCUUGAGGACUGGGGGCUUGCUGGCGUUCCUCGGUCACUUUGCUGUUGCGUUAGUGACCUGUGAAUUACGGCUGCAGUACGUAGCAUCGGCGUAAUCGAUAUAACCUCUCUUGACCG